CUGCAGCUUCUAGGACCCAGUUUCUUUUACUGAUUUCAAAACAAAACAAAAACAAACAAAAAAUAAUAAAAAAGUUGUGCCUGAAAUGAAUCUUGUUUUUUUUAUAAGUAGCCGCCUGGUUCCUGUGUCCUGUAAAAAGUACAGGCACUUGACCCUUGGUGUAGCUUCUGUUCGGCUUUAUAUCAUGGGAAAGGAUUGGUCUGAUUUCUUGGCCCUCAUCUUGAAUUGGCCACGUACAGGGUCCCUGGCCAGUGGACUGAAGGCUUUGUCUAAGAUGACAAGGGUCAGCUCAGGGGAUGUGGGGGAGGGUGUUUUAUCUUCCCCGUUGUCGUUUGAGGUUUUGAUCUUCUCUGGGUAAAGAGGCCAUUUAUCUUUGUAAACACGUUAACACUUUUGCUUUCUCCAGUUUUCUGUUAAUGGCGAAAGAAUGGAAGCGAAUAAAGUUUUACUGAUUUUUGAGACACUAGCACCUAGCGCUUUCAUUAUUAAAACGUCCUGUAUGGGAGGGGCGGGUCUGGGUGCGGCCUGCCGCGUGACUCCUGGGUCGGAGGCCCACGUGGCCGGGGCGGGGACUCCGGCGCCUGGGGCGCCGACUGAUUGCGUAGCGGGCGGGGCCGGAAGUGCCGCUCCCUGGUGGGGGCUGUUCAUGGCGGUUCCGGGGUCUCCAACAUUUUUCCCGGUUGUGGUCCAAAUCUGUCCGAAGCGGAGGCAGUGGAGCUUGAGGUUCUUGCUGGUGUGAAAUGACUGAGUACAAACUGGUGGUGGUUGGAGCAGGUGGUGUUGGGAAAAGCGCACUGACAAUCCAGCUGAUCCAGAACCACUUUGUAGAUGAAUAUGAUCCCACCAUAGAGGAUUCUUACCGAAAACAGGUGGUUAUAGAUGGUGAAACCUGUCUGUUGGACAUACUGGAUACAGCUGGACAAGAGGAGUACAGUGCCAUGAGAGACCAAUACAUGAGGACAGGCGAAGGCUUCCUUUGUGUAUUUGCCAUCAAUAAUAGCAAAUCAUUUGCAGAUAUUAACCUCUACAGGGAACAGAUUAAGCGUGUAAAAGACUCAGAUGAUGUACCUAUGGUGCUAGUAGGAAACAAGUGUGAUUUGCCAACAAGGACAGUUGACACAAAACAAGCCCAUGAACUGGCCAAGAGUUAUGGGAUUCCAUUCAUUGAAACCUCAGCCAAGACCAGACAGGGUGUUGAAGAUGCCUUUUACACACUGGUAAGAGAAAUACGUCAGUACCGAAUGAAAAAACUCAACAGCAGUGAUGAUGGGACUCAAGGUUGUAUGGGAUUGCCAUGUGUAGUGAUGUAACAAGAUACUUUUAAAGUUCUAGCAUCAGAAAAGAGCCACCGUCAAGCUGCACUGACACCUUGGUCCUGACUUCCCUGGAGGAGAAGUAUUGCUGUUGCUAUCUUCAGUCUCACAAAGAAGCUCCUGCGAUUUCCCCAACUCUCAGUAGAUCAGUAUAAUAUUCUCUAUUUGAGAAGUUCUCAGAGUAACUACCUCCUCACUUGGUUGUCUGGCCAGAGAAAUGAACCUCUUGUUACUCCCAGUAUUUCUCCACCCUGGGUUCUCCCCGAGCACACACAAACCAACCUCCACCACCCCAGGUUUUUCAUCUGAAAAGCAAUUAAUGCUCUGAAACAGAGAACCAAACUGUAGAAACAUGAAAUUCUGUAGAAAACAAUGUCUUGAGCUCUGAAGUAGCAACUGCUGGUGAUUUUUAUUUUCCUUUUUACUGUUGAACUUGGAACUAUGUUGGUUUUUGGAGAAAUGUCAUAAAUUACUGUUUUGCUGAGAAUAUAGUUAAUGUUGCUGUUUGGUUUGUUUGUAAUGUUAUCAGCUAUAUUCUAUAAACUGGCAUCUGCUCUGUAUUCAGAAAUACAAAAGUGAAUACUGACUUUUUUGAGUCUAUCCUCGUCUUCUCGACUUUCUUGUAAUUAAAUCUGACUUUCACAAUGAAGUGCCUUUUUCCUGGAAGUGGUUUGUAGACUUCCUUUACAAUACUUCGGUGGAAUAGAUGUCUUAGAAACUGUUAUACAUGAAAAUGAUUGUGUGAGAUAUGUCUGUGACCCGUCUAGCUUUGAGGGAAAGAUAUACCAAUAUGAUAGCAGAUGCCGUUUCUUACAUGUAUAAAGUUAAUUUUCUAGAGACCUGUUUUGGGGCUCUCCCAAGAGAAAGGUGAGACUAUAAAUGAUUAGGAAUAAUUUUGCUUACUUUCUACCUAGUCUCCACUUUUUUUUUGUUUUGGUAGUUUACUACCUGCAAAAUGUAUAUAAUUUGUUUCUUAUAGCUUACUGAUAAUCUAAUGUUCAAUGAACUUCCAUUCAUAUUUAAAUUUGGGUCAUAGCACAAAGUCUAUAUUUGCAGGUGUUCAAAAUUAUAAAAUUAGAUGCAGGUUUAUUUAAUAGCUGUGAUCAAUGAUUCUCAAGCCUCAAAUAUGUUAAUAGACAAAUUUUCACUGCAUAUCAUGGUAAUUAUUCAUGUAUAUAAUUGCCCUCGGUCCCCUUCUCACCCCAUCCCCUGUCCUUCACCCCAUAGCAGUGGCUUGAUUAUUUCAGUUGAGUAAAGCGUGGUGCUAAUAGACCAGGGUCACAGUUUCAAAACUUCAGUGAGCCAGUUAGCAUCACAGAGAGAGAAAUUCUUCCACAUUUGCUCAUUGCACCAUUAAUUCCAGCUUAGUAGUUUUGCCAGAUGCAUGUGGUUAGUCCUGCAAGGAGAGAAGAGGUCAGUUAGCACAAAUUCUUAACCAUGACUGGAAAAACUUGUUAUCCUGAGAAAGGUCAGCUUAGAAGUCUUUAUAAAUAAAGGAUCUAGACUCUGUUUUUAGCUACAUGGAAACCAAAUUAAGCCAAUAUUUUUUCUCAUGUUUUUGAGAAUGAGGAUACCUCAGAUCAAAAUUUUUAAAUUUUCCUUUAUUCAUAAUGUUCUUUGAGGGUUUAAAAUGGGAUGUUGAUUAAUUAGUCUGGGCAUACCAGAUAAGCUGAUGAGUUUGUUCUUGUUCUGAACAAGAAGUAGCCUUUGGAUUGGAACUGCUGUUUGAGAAGGGAAUAGAGAAUAUAAGUAAUAGUUAUGAGGAUUUGGAGGCUUGGCUUUUCCAUUUGCAGAUAAUAUCCUGAUAAUUCUAAUGAGUAAUAGACUUGGAUAACUUUUGAUGAAAGAAUACUUCCAAAACGACCACUUCCUGUUCUCAUCUUCUAAUGUGUAAAUACUUACUGAGGUCCUCUUCUAAUAUGAAUUUUCAUUUAUUAAGCAAAUUUCACAUUGCCUUGAAAUGAAUUCGGAAGAGAAGAAAAAACAUAAUGUACCCAGAGAAUGAAAAACCCAGAGAGUUGUGCUCCUUUGUGUUAAUUCUGAGAGCUUUCACAGUCCACGCUGGUAAACAGAAACUCUCUGCCACUUUGCUUCUGCUCCUCUUGGAGCAUUGCUCUCAUUUUCUUGAGGAUAGAUGGAGACUUGUCACCUCAGUUGUCAUUGUCUUCCUCUUCUUCUUUUGUCUAUGUGACUGACUGUGUGAUUCUUAUGAAUGUCAAAUUGGGGGUAAAAAAUAACUCAUUUUAGACUCUUGUGCCCAUUACCCUUGUAUGUUUGUAUCUUUUAGUUUUCUCAAGUAUGUUCUAAGCACAGAAGUAUCUAAAUGGGGCCAAAAUUCAGACUUGAAAAUGUUCUUUUAAUAGCUUCUUAAAGAGCCACACUUUGGUAUGAAUUUUGGCACAGUAGAGUGACAAACUGACAGUUAAAACGCUGAAUAACUUCAGUUAGUGUGGUAUCAGAUAGUUUUUAGAAUAUGUUUGUGAUUGCUGAAAACAAUUACAGUUUACCUCAAAAUCUGGAAGUCUCUUUCCCCAAGUUAAGUGCCUGGCCAGCUGUCAUAAAUUACAUAUUACUUUAUGUCUGUUUGUUUCUUAAAGGUUGUACAUUCAAGAUUGUGAAAAUAAGGUGUUCUGUGUGAAGGCUGCCAUGCCUGUGUGUAAAUGAAUCUGUUGAGUGCUGUAUUUGCUCCAACAGCUUACUAUAGAAUGCUACUUGGUCAUAUCGUACUUAUUACAGUUUUCACUUCAGGAGUGUAAUAGGUAAAAUUAUCCUCAAUCUGUAUUGUAGUGGGCCCCAUGUUUAGUCUUUCAUCAUCCUUUAAACUGCUGUGAAUUUUUUGUCUUGACUUGAAAGCAAGGAUAGAGAAACACUUUAAAGAGAUAGUCUGGUUUUUUUCCAUUCCGGAAUUUGUGAGCAUAGUCAUGUUUUGCUUUACAUUUACAGUCAUGAACUCUUAAGCUGGCAGCUACAACCAAGAACCAAAAAAGGGUGCAUUCUGCUUCUUGUAAUUCAUCUCUGCUAAUAAAUUAUAAGAAGCAAGGAUAAUUAAAUUAGAGAAAGUAUUUAAUUUGGGUGGUUUCUAUAAACAAGAGACUAUAAUUCUUGUACAUUAUUUUCAUCUUUGCUGUUUCUUUAAGAAACCUAAUGUGCCACGAAAUUAUUUUAAGGUGUUUCUUGUAAGAAUUGUUUUUAAAGUGUUCUUGUUAUCAGAGUAAUUGUAGAUAUAUUUCAAAAUAUAACUGGUAAUUUUUAAAGGCCUGAGUACUGACCUAAGAAGCAAUUGUAUGAAUUCUCUGGAGGCAAGGGAGGAUCUCAGUGGAAGUUGUAUGACUUUUAUAUUUCUGUGCCAUUAAAUAUAGGUAAAAAAUGUCAAUUGUGCAGUUCUGCUGUUUAAACAGGAACUAUUGGCCUCCUUGGCCCUAAAUGAAAGGGCUGAUAUUUUAAGUUGACUAUUUUAUUGUAAAUUAAUCCAUUCUAAUUUUUAAAACUUUGGUUGAAUAUUUUUCUUGUUAAAUGUUUGAAAAAUAAAAACUGGAAGUUCUUUGCUUAGUCAUAAUUGCUUUUACCACUGAUUGCCUUUAUUGAAAGUUAAUAUUUAAUUCAGACGUUUGGAUGUGACAUUUGGACAAUAUUGGAAGAUCUGAGUUCCUCAUUUUGUCUCAGUAUAAAAUAUGUCAGAGCCUGCUUUAUUAUGUCGGGGUGAUUCAAACCUGUAUGGCAGAUUCUCACACAUUAACAUGAAGUGCUAAAAACUA